UGACGUCUGUUUCCCCUCUGCUCAACAUUUACUGUAUGAUCAGAGAGAGUGUUAGAGUUAGAGUGAUAGGUUGAUUGGAUGAGUGUGAAUGAGAGAAAUCACUAAGGAAAAGAGAGAUUUAUCUGAAAGUGAGAGACGAACUUACUGUGACUGACUGAACAUUAUCUCAACAAACACAUCACUUGAAAAGCCAUAGGACGCUGAAAAAGACAGAGAUGAGGGCUGUGGCAGUCACCCUCUGGGCUGUAGCUGUGUUAAUGGGAGUCCAUCACUGCACCCCCUCCUCCUCAGAAAUCCACACCAUUAUUGUCAACCUCUCCUCCAAAAACUUAUCCUCUGUUCCUGGAAACCUACCGCCAUGCACCGAAGCCCUGGACCUCUCCCAGAAUAACAUACACAAACUUGGCCAUGAGGAUUUCCAAGUCACAACUCACCUGAGGUUCCUCAACCUGUCUUGGAAUGUCUUGGAGGAUAUAGAUCCGGAGACGUUCCAUCCCACACCGCUCUUGGAGAGUCUGGACCUCUCACACAACCAGCUCCAGAACCUAUCUGAUCAACGGUACUUGCUGUUAGCACAGAACAUCAGAGACCUAGAUCUGACCUUUAACAUGUUCCACACCAUGACCCUGGGGGUGGAGUUCCACAGCCUGACGAAGCUGGUGAGACUGGGGCUCGGAGCAAAAAUCAUCAGGGUGGAGGAUUUCAUCAACAUCACUGACGUACACCUGCAAACUUUGACCCUUCGUCUGGAGAAUCUCACAGCCUAUGAGAGUGGCAGCCUGAGUGAUGUCCAGGCAGAGAAGGUCAGCAUUGGCCUGACGAACAAACCCACCGAUCGAGAUCUGAUCGCAGAUGCCCUGUUGAUGUUUGACAAGGUCGAGCUGAUGGGUAUGAACCUCAAGGGCUACCACAGUUACCUGGUGGAACUUGUGAAGGAGAGAGGGGCAGUCAACACCACACAUCUUUACCUGACCAAUAUGGCCAUCACCUGGAAGGACCUGACAAACACCAUAAACGCUGUGUUCGAAUCCCCCAUCAUCCACCUGAGCACUUCAGACGUGGCAAUCCACAAUCCACCUUACUUUGACACCCCAGGAAGAGGCACAUCCCACACUAAAUCCUUCUCUGCCAGACGAGCGGGGGUGGUUACCUUUCUCUUCUCCCUGGAAUCCCUCUGUAACUUCUUCAUCAACAUGCCUGUGGAGUGCCUGGCAAUGACUGAGACGUCCAUCAUACACAUGACCUGCCCCAAGUUUCCCAGCGGAAUACUGCAGUUAGACUUAUCAGAUUGCGCCCUGACUGAUACGGUCUUCUCCAGAGUAGAACAGCAAGUCACUAUAGAGUGUACAACCCUGAAUAAAGUGGACAUCCUGGUUCUGAGAGGGAACAACCUCAAGAACCUUCAAACCCUGAGCAAGAGGGUCCAGAACAUGAGCUCUCUGCGUCACCUGGACCUCAGCCUCAACUCGUUGGUUUACAGCGGCCAGGAAUGCCACUGGCCACCGAACAUUGUCCACCUGAACUUAUCCUCCAAUGGGCUGAGCGAGUCGGUAUUCAGCUGCCUGCCGAACGGCACCGCCACCCUGGACCUCCAGAACAACCAGAUCUCCACUGUACCAGAGACCCUGCUAGCCCUGGACUCCCUCCUGGCCCUGGACCUGAGUGCCAACCGGCUGAGGGACCUCCCGGUGUGCGCUGGAUUCCCACACCUUAAGUAUCUCCUUCUCAGGGAGAACUCCCUCCAUGCCCCGUCUGUGAGCAUUCUGGAGACCUGCCCUGUUCUACAGGUUCUAGAUGCCAGCCGAAAUCCCUUCACCUGUACGUGUGGCCUGAUGGGCUUCAGGGAUCUGGGUGCUGGGACUGGGCUGGGCAGCGGACACUCUGCAAUCCAACUUCUCCACUGGCCAGGAGCCUAUCGCUGCAGCUAUCCCGAAGUCUGGAGGAACUCCACACUGGAGGGCUUCCAGAUCCCCGAGAUCUCCUGCAAUGUCGGCCUGUUGGCAACGGCCAUCUUGUGCCCGGCAGUGGCUGUUAUCAUUGUUAUGGUGACUCUGUGCCACCAACUGGACGUUCUGUGGUACCUGGGCAUGAUCUGGCAGUGGACCCGGGCCAAGCACCGUGCCAGGACCCAGCAGGUCCGGCCCGAGGAUCUGGAGGGGGUGGUGUUCCACGCCUUUGUGUCCUACAGCCAGCAUGAUGCAGACUGGGUCAAGGGCCAGCUCUUGCCUAACCUGGAGGGCUCCAGCGGGGGACUCCACAUCUGCCGCCAUGAGAGGGACUUUGUCCCAGGGAAGACGAUCGUGGAGAACAUCAUCCAAUGCGUGGAGAGGAGCCGGCGCUGUGUGUUCGUCCUUUCUGGCCACUUCGUCCGGAGCGAGUGGUGCCACUAUGAGCUGUACUUUGCCAGCCACCAGCGGCUGACCCGUGGGUCUGACAGUGUGAUCCUGGUGCUCCUGGAGCCUCUGCCUCAGUACAUGAUCCCCUCCAAGUACUAUCAGCUGAAGGCCAUGAUGGGCAGACACACGUAUCUGGAGUGGCCCCAGGACCGGGGCAAGCACAGGCUGUUCUGGGCCAAUCUCAGGGCUGCACUGCAGGCUGACCUGCCCACUGCACCUGUACGAGACACGGAUGAGUGAGAGGGAAAGAGAGAAAAUAAGAGAAAUUGGGGAAGAAAAUAGGGGAGAUGGGGGGGCAGAGUGGUGGAGAAAUCAAAUUUCUGUGAUUAACUUACAAAUCAUACUUCCUUAGAAGAUAAAUCAAAUACAAUGUAGAGUACAUUGAUCAAGAAACAACUGUUGUAUCCAACCAGUCAGGUUUAUUGGAGAAUUCAUAUAAACUAUCUAUUUUCCUACAGCUUUAUACAAAAUAAAAACAAUAAAAUGUUAUCUAACAA